AUGGCAAGUACCAUAAUUAAAACAUAUCAGCCUAUGAAGCUUCUUAUUUUGGCGGCUCUCAGAAUCGCCAGAGUUCUGAAACCUCACACCAGUAUCAAUGAGUUCUUAGUCUGUACAUCCAUCAACUUGUCCUGUACAUCCACCAACUUGUCCUGUACACCCACCAACUUGUCCUAUACAUCCACCAACUUGUCUGUAGAGUCUGUACAUCCACCAACUUGUCCUAUACAUCCACCAACUUGUCCUGUACAUCCACCAACUUGUCUUGCACAUCCACCAACUUGUCCUGUACAUCCACCAACUUGUCUUGCACAUCCACCAACUUGUCCUGUACAUCCACCAACUUGUCUUGCACAUCCACCAACUUGUCCUAUACAUCCACCAACUUGUCCUAUACAUCCACCAACUUGUCCUAUACAUCCACCAACUUGUCCUAUACAUCCACCAACUUGUCACUUGUCUUGCACAUCCACCAACUUGUCCUGUACAUCCACCAACUUGUCUUGCACAUCCACCAACUUGUCCUGUACAUCCACCAACUUGUCUUGCACAUCCACCAACUUGUCCUAUACAUCCACCAACUUGUCCUAUACAUCCACCAACUUGUCCUAUACAUCCACCAACUUGUCCUAUACAUCCACCAACUUGUCCUAUACAUCCACCAACAUGUCCUAUACAUCCACCAACUUGUCCUAUACAUCCACCAACUUGUCCUAUACAUCCACCAACUUGUCCUAUACAUCCACCAACUUGUCCUAUACAUCCACCAACAUGUCCUAUACAUCCACCAACUUGUCCUAUACAUCCACCAACUUGUCCUAUACAUCCACCAACUUGUCCUAUACAUCCACCAACUUGUCCUGUACACCCACCAACUUGUCCUAUACAUCCACCAACUUGUCUUGCACAUCCACCAACUUGUCCUAUACAUCCACCAACUUGUCCUGUACAUCCACCAACUUGUCCUGUACCUCCACCAACUUGUCCUGUACACCCACCAACUUGUCCUAUACAUCCACCAACUUGUCCUGUACAUCCACCAACUUGUCCUGUACACCCACCAACUUGUCCUGUACAUCCACCAACUUGUCCUGCACAUCCACCAACUUGUCCUGUACAUCCACCAACUUGUCCUGUACAUCCACCAACUUGUCCUGUACAUCCACCAACUUGUCUUGUACAUCCACCAACUUGUCCUAUACACCCACCAACUUGUCCUAUACAUCCACCAACUUGUCCUGUACAUCCACCAACUUAUCCUAUACAUCCACCAACUUGUCCUAUACACCCACCAACUUGUCUUGUACAUCCACCAACUUGUCCUGUACAUCCACCAACUUGUCCUGCACAUCCACCAACUUGUCCUGUACAUCCACCAACUUGUCCUGCACAUCCACCAACUUGUCCUGCACAUCCACCAACUUGUCCUGCACAUCCACCAACUUAUUGACAUUUAGCUUCUUUGUCCAAAGGUAG